AUGGCCCGCAAGUGCAACUUACAGGGCCAAGACGACAAUGUCGGUUCGUCGCAAGAGGACCAGUCGCCUUCCGCCUCGCAGCUUCUCUCCACUCUUGCGCCAGUUGCCGUUUACGCUGCGAUAUGGUUCGCGCUCUUCAUCAUCCUGCGGCGCAUGUUCAAGCGCAAAUAUCAGGCCCGCUCGAUCGUCGGUACCCUUCGUGAGCAAGAACGCACACCGGAAUUACCCAAUGGCCUCUUCAACUGGAUCGCGCCUUUCUUCAAGGUCCCUGAUACCCAUGUUCUGACGCACCACUCUCUGGACGGCUUUCUCUUCCUCCGUCUGCUCAAGAUGGGCAUUAUCUCGUGCUUUGUAGGAUGUCUCAUCUGCAUGCCGGUCCUGUUUCCUAUCAACAUCACCGGUGGCGGCACAGAGACUCAGUUGAAUAUCUUGAACUUGGCCAAUGUGCAGAAUACCUACUACCGUUACUAUGCGCAUACGGCAUGCGCAUAUAUAUUUUUCGGCUUCAUCAUGUUCAUGAUCACCCGUGAGAGCAUUUUCUAUAUCAACCUGCGCCAGGCCUUCCUCAUGUCCCCAAUCUACGCGAACCGCCUGUCUUCGCGUACUGUUCUUUUCACGGCAGUUCCUGAGUACUACCAGAAUGAGGCCAGGCUCCGCGACCUCCUUGGCGAGCACGUUAAGCGGGUUUGGCUUCCCACGGACACCUCCGACCUUGAGGACAAGGUCGAAGAGAGAGAUAAGAUUGCUAAGAAGCUUGAGGGCGCUGAGACGAAACUGGUUAAGCUGGUCAACAAGGCGAGACAGGCAGCGAGCAAGUCUGGCAGUACUAAUCACGAGGAGGAGCUUCAAGAUCUUAACCGCGAGCAGGAAUCGGGCUCAGUGGCAGCUCGUUGGAUACCUGCCAAGAAGAGGCCCACUCACCGUCUCAAGCCUCUGAUUGGCAAGAAAGUGGACACCAUCGACUGGUCCCGUGCUGAGCUCGCCAGAUUGAUCCCAGAGAUUGAGAAGGAGCAGGAGAAACAUCGCCAGGCGGACGCCAAGAAGAUCAGCUCCGUCUUCGUAGAGUUCGACACCUUGUCUGAGGCCCAGGCCGCUUUCCAGAGCCUAACUUACCACCAAGCAUUGCAUAUGGCACCUCGCUACACUGGCUUCACACCAUCAGAGAUCAUCUGGAGCAACCUGCGCAUCAGAUGGUGGGAGCGCGUCAUUCGUGUCGUUGCUACUACGGCUUUCGUUGUUGCCCUCGUCAUCUUUUGGUCCAUUCCAGUGGCAUUUGUUGGUGCCAUUUCCAACGUCGACAACCUCAUCUGCAUCGUUCCUGCUUUCAGCUUCAUCGAUGACAUUCCAAGUGUCGUUCGUGGUGUCGUCACGGGUCUGCUCCCUGUGAUCCUCCUGGCUGUCCUUAUGUCAUUACUUCCCAUCAUACUUCGCAUGAUGGCUCGCCUCAGCGGUGACCCUACGUUGUCGGCGGUUGAGUUGACUGUGCAAAACUACUACUUUGCUUUCCAAGUCGUCCAGGUCUUCUUGGUGGCUACUUUGGGUUCUGCGGCAGCCGCUGCCGUAGGUGACAUUAUUAAUAACCCCACCUCCAUCACCAGCAAGCUUGCGAGCUCGAUCCCAACGGCUUCAGGCUUCUACCUCUCCUACUUCGUCCUGCAAGGACUGGGUGUUGUGUCGGGUAUGCUGCUUAAUCUGUCUGGCCUAGUCAUUACUAUGGUUAUGGGCAAGGUCCUUGACACAACCCCCCGGAAGAUGUAUGAGCGGUGGACCAAAUUCACUGGUCUUGGAUGGGGCACAAUUUACCCCAUCUAUACUAACUUGUUCGUGAUCGCUAUUUGCUAUGCUUGCAUCGCUCCUCUGGUCCUUAUCUUUGCUGGUAUCGGCCUGUGGCUCUUCUACUUUGCCUACAGGUAUAACCUCCUCUACGUUUAUAACGUCGAUGUCGACACCAAGGGUCUAUGCUACCCUCGCGCCCUCCAACACCUCUUUGUCGGCCUCUACAUUGCCGAGGUCUGCCUUAUUGGCCUCUUCGCCAUCCAGCUCAGCGGCGAGGGCGCCCUUGGUCCGUUUAUUCUGAUGAUAAUUCUCCUCAUCUUCACCUUCCUCUUCCAUGUUUCUCUCAACACGGCUCUUGACCCUCUACUCAAGUAUCUCCCCAAGUCGCUUCAAGACGAGGAGCGCCGCCUACUGGAGGCCGAGCAUGAUCAUGCGGACGGCUCUGCGCCGGCAUUGGAAAAGGGCUUGCCGGACGGUCCGGUGGGUGAUGCGCCGCACACGAAACCCGGCAUGAUCAAGAAAUUCUUGCGCCCGGAUGUUUACACGGACUAUCCGACCAUGCGCCGCAUGGUACCGCGCAACUUUGCCGACCCCGACCACUUGUACGAGCCGGAAAUUGAGCGUGACGCCUUCUUCCACCCGAGCAUCAAGUCGGAGCCGCCAAUGCUAUGGAUUCCGCGCGACAGUGCCGGCGCCAGCAGACAGGAGGUCCACGACACGGGCAAGGUCAUUGCCAUUACGGACGUGGGAGCGCAUCUGGAUGAAAAGAACAAGAUCAUCUGGAACCCCGAUGACCCGGUGCCGAUCGCGGAGACCAAGAUCUAUUACUAA